AUGCGUGAUAGAAGGAAAGGCACAAAACAAAUCGUUGCAUCUGUUUUGGCUCAAGAUUAUCCUGGUACAUUUGACACACCAGUUCCCAAAGUUCUGAUCGAUUUGGUUCAUCGCAAAGUUGGUGUGAAAGUAUCAUACACCGCCGCAUGGAGAGGAAAAAGAGAAGCUGCUAAUGAAGUGCGAGGGAGUCCAGAAGAGAGUUUUACUUUACUACACUGUUAUAUGCACAUGCUGGAACAAACCAAUAUUGCCACAAGAACACUUGUAGAAGUGGAUGAGCACCAAAGAUUUAAGUAUCUGUUUUUUGCACUUGGAGCUAGCGUAGAAGGGUUCCGUGCAAUGAGGAAAGUCCUCAUUGUGGAUGCAACACACCUCAAGAAUGUUUAUGGUGGAGUUCUCUUUGUUGCGACAGCUCAAGAUCCCGAUCAUCACCACUACCCAAUUGCAUUUGGUGUAGCAGAUGAUAGAAACAUAAGCUUAAUCAAGGCAGUACGUCUAGUGUUCCCUGAGGCCGAACAUGGGUAUUGUAUAUGGCAUUUAUCUCAGAAUGUUAAAGGCCACGUCCAUAACAACAAAGAUACUUGUGCGUUCAAGUUUAGAGAAUGUGCACAUGCUUAUACAGUGGCUGAGUUCCAGUACCUUUAUCAUGCUUUUCGCAGGAAGUAUCCAAGUGCAGCGGCGUAUCUUGACAAAAGUGUUGAAGAGAAGAAAUGGGCUAGAUGUUACUUUAAAGGAGAUAGAUACAAUGUCGACACCACCAAUUCAGUAGAAUCUUUUAAUGGUGUUAUUAGGGGAGCGAGAAUGUACACCUUACUGCCAAUGUUUGAUGUAAUCAUUGCAAAAAUGGCUGAAUGGUUUAACAAGUAUAGGAAGAAGGCAGCUGAAGUACCAUACAACCUGAAGCUUGUGCCUAUUGUGGAAGAGGAAAUGUCUAAAAGAUGUGUUGAAGGAGGGUUUCUCACAGUUAAAGAGUUAAACAGCUUCCAUCUUGAGUACAGUGUGCAAGGUACUGACGGGAAGGUUUAUACCGUUGAUAUGGCUAUGUACACUUGUAGCUGUGAGCAAUUUGAUAAAGACAAAUACCCAUGUGUGCAUGCAGUCGCGGCUGCCACAUUCAUGACACAUAAAGCAGGAAAGGAACUCCAUCUAUCUGAGUAUUGUUCUAAGUACUAUUUGGUAGAGCAAUGGGCUUUGGCUUAUCACAGGACAAUAUAUCCUGUUCCUCAUAUAUCUGAUUGGGUUAUACCAGAAGAAGUUAGAGCAAAGAAAAUACUUCCUCCGGAUUUUGAAGUCAAGAAAGGAAAACCACAACAAACAAGGUUUCCAUCAGUAGGAGAAUCUCGUGGAAGAGGAAAAAGAGGCAAAGGGAGUGGUAGAGGGAGUGGCAGAGGCACGGGCAGAGCCAGAGGAGAAGGUCUUGCAGCAUAUUUUGAAUGUGGAAGUGGUUCGGGUUCAGGUAUUUGA